AUGGCCUCCGCCCCUAUCCCCGGUUUUGAAAGCGGAGAGCGCAGUGAAGGCCAAGGUAGCCCGCAGAGCCGGAGACUCGGGUUGAACCAAGUAUAUCCCAACGAAGAGGGCGAUGCUUCCCACAUACAAGACAUAGACAUCGUUGCCAUCCAUGGCCUAGAUACUCACUCCCCGAGAGCAUGGGUAGCGUGGACUAGGGACCGUGAUCCAACAUCAGGACAAGUCCACUGGCUGCAGGAUGAGCACAUGCUGCCCGCUGUCAUGCCACAAGCUCGCAUCUUCACGUAUGACUGGAACGCAAACUUUGACCGAGACGCGGCAACUCAAGGGUUGCUCGGCCAUGCCGAUGGGCUGCUGGAGAAUCUGCACAUGCGAAGAUCCAAGGACGGCAGCAAUGAUCGACCUAUCAUCUUCGUCGCUUCUUGCUUUGGCGGCCUCUUGCUCUGCAGGGCUCUUCACAGAGCAUCAGCGAGUCAUAGCCCGUACCAGCCUAUCCUCAGAGCGACCGUCGGUGUGGCAUUUCUAGGAACGCCCUUUCAGGGUAGCCAUGACGGCUUCUUGACUGCUACCCAGCUACGCCUCAAUGUCGCGGCGGCCUCUGGUGGCGAAACGGCCAGCGAAUUACUCAAGUAUCUCGACAAGCACGAUGACCAGCGGAGACAGCUCGAUGACGUCGUCCAGCAGUUCUGCGAAAUGACCUCUAGUGACAUGUUCAAGUUCCCUAUUAUAUGCUUCUACGAGACCCACCGCACUGACUUCCGGAUGGCUAUACGAACCCUAUCUUCCAGGGACCGCAGAGGGCUUGGCGAGUAUCAGACUGGUGUCCUUGUUCCGGAAUAUUCUGCCUGUCUCCAAGGCAUACCGCGAUCGGCUUUAGACGUCAGACAUACCAUGUUGAACAAGUUUGCCGAUCCGAAGAGCCAGGCGUUCGAGACAGUGUCAUAUCACUUGAAAGGGUUUAAGGAAAAGGCGAACGUGACGCUGCAACAGAGAGCGCUACCCGAGCUCACAUCAAACUUUGUCGGGCGAGACGCCGAGCUCGAAGCCAUCCAAGAGAAGCUUGAAGUUGGCGCCGUCGUGGUGUUGACGGGCAUGGCCGGAAUCGGAAAGUCUCAGACGGCACGCAAGCUCUGCAGCAUAUUCAAGAGCAAGCAGCCGGGACUAAAGGUCUUUUGGUUGAAGCUCGACAGUGUUGAGAGCUGCAACAGCUCGUUCCGUGACGUGGCGCGCGAGCUCAAUAUUUCCGGUGUAGAGCACGACCCCAAGAUGGACAUGAAGCCGUACGUGGCCGAAUGGCUUGGCAGACGUGAGCAUCGGGGCCAUUGGCUGUUGGUGCUCGACAACGCAGUCGAAGAGGCCGCGUGUGAAGCCGCAGCCAAGCACAUGCACGCCGACAACGGCCGCGUUCUUGUCACAUCGCCAUCCGACAAGCUGGGGAGGCUCAUCCGCAAGGAGCCGCCGUACGAGGUCAAGAUCGGGCCGCUCUCGUACGACGCCGCCGUAAGCCUCUUCCGAGCCGUGACGCCGCCGGAUUUGGCCCUUGACGAGGCAGGCCUCGUUGGGCUGCUAGACGUCCUCCAUCGGCACCCUCUGGCCAUUGUGCAGGCGGGCGCGUAUCUCAGUGAUGACGUCGACGUGGCUACGUAUAUUAACGAUAUGCAAAAGGACGACUACAAGUUUGCCGAGUGGAUCUCACACGCCUUUGUCGACGGCGAUGGGCACGAGCUGAGGUCGCUGGGGAGCACGCUGGAGAAGCAGUUUGACCGCCUCUCGCGACAGGCCGGCUCGCCCGUCAUCACGCUGCUCGCCCAGCUGGCCUGUCUCUAUCCGCAAGAGAUGCCCUUGGCGCUCCUCGUGGCCCCGCAUGAGUCCCGCGACCAGUUCCGCUGGACGGAGGCGCUCAGGACGCUCCGGGCCCAGAGCCUCGUCGGCGGCGCCGGGGCCGACACCUUGACCAUGCAGCGACCUGUUCAGCUCGUUGUCAAGAACUGGCUCCGCCGGCCUGGCAACGAGAUGCACCGUGGCGGCGGCUUCGCGCGCGCGGCUAACAUGAUCGCAGCGGCCUUUCCGCACGGCGAGUUCGGGUACUGGGCUAAGUGUGAAGACGUGUAUCCGCAUGCGCAGGCGCUGCUUGCCUUUUGGAAGGACGACGUGAAAGCUGAUGGUGAUGCCGAUGCCAAUACCCGGAGACGGUUUGCCGACGUCCUGUUCAAAAUGGCCUAUUACGAGUGGCGUCAGGGACGUUAUGACCUCGGCAGCGAUCACGCAAAACUGGCCUACGAGAUUCAGAGCUGUCAGGGGCGAGAUGGAGACGACCCAGACGCGCUGAAGACCAAGGCGCUCCAGGGCAGGAUCUUGCACCACCACGGUAAAUAUUACGAGGCGAGGGACAUGUUUAAAAGCGUGAUUCGAAGCCUCACAGGAAUCAAGGGAGACCAGACGCUCAAGAUCACCGAGGUCUCGUGGGACCUCGCUAAGACGCUGGUGCAGCUGCGGGACUUGAAGCGCGCGAAAUCGCUCCUGAGAGACGUGCUGGAGCAGCGCAAGGCCAUGCUGCGCAGGACCAAUACGCGGGAAGACGACGACGCCGAGACGCUCACCAUCAGGGACGAUCUCGCGUGUGUACUAUUAGACCUGGGGGACGCCAAGGCGGCAGAGCAAAUGCUGCGCCAUGUGCUGGAGCGGCGCCAGAUCAUGCUCGCAAUCCCCGGCCGGGACUCGGACGGAGAGACGGAGACGCGAGAGGAGGAUCCGGCCACGUUGACAACAAUGGUGCACUUGUCCGAGGCGCUCGAGGAGCGAAGGGACUAUACAGGCGCCGAGGCGCUGCUCCGGUCUGCGCUGCGCUCCUACGAGGCGCGGCUCAGCAAACAAGGGCGGAGCAGCGACCCAGACAGCCUCAUCUGCAUGAACAACCUGGGGGGCGUCCUGCGCCUGCAGGGUCAGGACGACGCCGCAGAGGCCAUGUUCUCGCGCGUGCUCAAGGGCUAUGAUUCGGGGGUCGGGGCCGUAGACCUGGAACGAAGCGAGCAGCGCGUGUCGGCCCUGAUCAACUAUGCCGCCGUGCUGGAGGCGCGCGCCAAGACCGACACACUGCGCAGCCCGCUCGACGAAAUGUCGCGCCUGGUGGCCUCUCUUGAGGACAAGGGCAGAUUCGAGGACGCCGAGUUGCUCCAGAUCCGCGUGCUAGAAUUCCGUCUGCGGAACCUGGCCCGCGCGGACCCAAAGACGGCGGAGAGCUGGGAGCAGCUAUACCGGCUGUCUAAAAGAUACUGGACGAAGGGACAGAGGCUCAACGCGAUCCGGCUGAGGUCAAAGUGGCAUUUCCUUUGUCUGUCUGCCAUCUUCUUGCAGUCUCGAGCAGAACAGGCAAGUACGAAAAAGGGGUAA